AUGUUAGGGAACGUGGACUUUUCCCGCUGGCAUGUGGAUAUCGACAGAUACCUAAAUCCGUUGAUUCCACAUCCGCCAUGGCGCUGGCUACCUCGUCCCAUCUCUCAUUUCCUGGGGUAUAGAGGGGACAAGCCUCCAAAGAACCUGGGCAACCUCGUGAUCGCCUUUUGGUCCCUGAUCGGCGUCUUCUGUGGUGUAUUAGUCGUCGCCGAAGUAUCCUUGCAUGUCCCCUCUUUCCAGCACCAUCAUGCGCCAAUUAUUGUGGCUAGUUUCGGUGCCGCAGCUGUGCUGGAGUUUAGCGCCAUUGAGUCACCAUUUGCGCAACCGCGCAAUGCCGUCCUGAGCCAGGUCAUGGCGAGCGCUAUCGGCAUCGGCAUCGGAAGGCUCUUCGCCUUAAAUCCUCAUGCUAAUGCACUACCCCAGGUAGGGGGAGCCCUGGCCUGUGCAAUCACCACUGCUGUGAUGGUCCUGACGAAGACCGUUCACCCGCCCGCUGGCGCAACGGCUCUCCUCGCGGUCACCGAAGGGUACAAAAUUGGCUGGUUUCUGAUCCUGAUCAUGUUCCUUGGGUGUAUCAUGAUGCAAGCGGUGGCACUGGUGAUCAAUAACAUUCAACGACGAUUUCCGGUAUAUUGGUGGACUCCUGAUACUCUUCGUCCCAAAUUUGUUGUUGAGGACACUGAAAGCGCCCGAGAAGGCAAGCAAGAGAGCCUGGCCCCUAGUGCGUCAGACGAUGACACUGAAGCUGCCGUUCCAGCACAGAUUGUGAUUCAGGAAGGGAAGGUGUCAAUACCGGAUAACGUUUGGAUCACGGCAGAGGAAAAGGAAUUUUUGGAAAAAAUCAGUCAGCGCAUACGUUAA